AUGGAUGAGAAGAUGACUAAAUGUACAAAUACCAUCCCUGAAAACGGCACGGAUGUAGGACGACGACCCGAUUAUGAAGUUACCACCUACGAACAAUACCAACCACCCUUUCGUAGAUACUUCGGGAAACUGAAGGGUGGGGAGUCAUCAGAUAUAUCAGCAAUUAUGUAUUUUUAUUGUUUGGGAGUGUUUGCAAAACUGGAGAUCUUCACCAGGAAUUUGACCAGUGUGUUGUGCUCUCAAGCCCUUGGAACAGCAAUCACAUUCUAUGCACUAACACAUCCUCACCCUCGUAUCUAUACGUUCAUUGAACUUGCGCCAGUUACCAUACCCAAGACAAAGAAUGCCAUAAUGUUUAUGAUAAGCGCCUUUGAUGACCUCUUCAAAAUUGCCGUAUACCAUCGUACAAUAUCGAAUACUCCCAUAACAAAUGCUUAG